AGAUAAUUACCCAGGAAAAGCCAAAAGCAGAACCAUCGAACCGUUACGCACUUAUUUUUAGCAACAAUUAAUAAUUGUAGUGUAUCCUCUUCCGAGCUUCGUGCUACUAUUAAUCAGCGCCAUUGAUGAACAAAUUCAGGUAUGCCCAAGAAAAAUAGGGUUUGAUCUGAGUGAUAAUUUGUGCAAAAAAAUGGAAGAAGCAAAAGUGUUAGCUCAACAACAACAACAACUAAUGAUGCAACAACAACAACAUCAUCAACAGCAACAACAACAGCAACAACAUCAGCAACAACUACUCCUCUUACAGCAGAUCCAACGUCAGAAACAGCAACAACAACAAGAUGCUAUGGCUCGAUUCCCUUCUAACAUCGAUGUUCAUCUCCGUCCUCAACAACUCCUUCACCGUCAAUCCCAAAACCAAAACCAAAACCAAAACCCUAACCCUAACCCUAGCUCGAGCAAUAAUCCUUCGAGUCAGAUCCCCAAUCAACAGAACUCGGGUAUCAACCAGGGUCCGACACAGCAACAGCAGAAGCUGACCCGGGUUGCCCCGGAAUCGAAUCGGGUGGAGCUCCAGAUGGCUUACCAGGAUGCGUGGCGGGUUUGUCAUCCUGAUUUUAAGCGUCCUUUCACUUCAAUUGAAGAUGCUUGCGAAAGGCUUCUGCCUUACCAUGUGGUGGCAGACUAUGAAGCGGAGGAGGAUGAUAAGAUCCUUGAUUCAGACACUAGUGGCCAAAUGCUUUCUCGUUCACAGCAGUGGGAUCAUAACAUUGCUGCCAAAGUUGCAGAGUUUACUGCAACAUUUGAGAAACAAGUGCUUGCUUUUAAUAUAAUUUCCCGCAAGAGAGAUGUUGGCGAAUUUCGGACAGAGGAAAAGCUCAUGUUAGAGCAGUUAAUUUUGCAAGAAGAGAGGAGAGGUCUGCUUGAAUUGAGAACAGAGAUGGAGUCAAGGCAAAAGAUGGGUCGAGAGACUCAUGAUCCUAAUUUGCAAAUGGCAGCUCUUGUUCAAGCGGAACAAGCUCGGGCUGAAUCACAAGCUCGUGCUGAGAUGAUGAACCGAGCACCAAUACGAGCUAGUGCACUUGGGCCUAGGGGGAGCAAUAUUCAAAUGGGUAAUGAUGUCGGUGAGCACGGACAGGAAGUUAGCCCUGAUGAGAUGAUCAACGGUUGGGGCAACAACGGACAUAAAGACGAAAAGGAACCAUCUGAGGACUUCUUGAAUGAUGAAGAAACUGAUAAUGGAGAUAUAGGUACUCAGAGUGAGUGGCGUGGAGGUGGGGAGUUGGAUCUGAACACAAGAUGAAUCAUAGACCCAUCAGUGUUUGGCAUUUUCUAUGUGAAAAGUGAAUACUUGUGUCAAAGUUUAGCCCACCAUAUACUUUUGGUGCAUUCUGUAACUGAUUCUACACUUGAAAUUGGGAGAAGCUCACUUAUCAAGAUUAGGAUGACUGAAGAUAGUUUUAUUGUGUAGACUGGAAAUGAGUUAUGUCCAUCUUUCUGUGAUCUACAGGAAAUAAUUUUACCA